AUGCAGCCCCAUAAUCCCUAUGUCGAGCCCAUCGCCAUCGUAGGAAUGGCAUGUAGGCUACCAGGGGACAUUGUAUCGCCAUCCAAGCUCUGGGAUCUGCUGGUACAGGAAAGAUCUGCCCAAUCUGAGGUCCCAGCAAAUCGCUUCAAUGUGGACUCAUGGUAUCAUCCAGAUAAACAGCGACCGGGUAGCAUCACCACGCGGGGAGGAUAUUUCCUUAGUCAAGAUGACUCCUUCCGUCAAUUUGACCCGUCCUUUUUUGGAAUCAACCCUAAGGAAGCCGCGAGCAUGGAUCCCCAGCAGCGAAAGCUGUUAGAAGUGGUGUAUGAGAGUUUUGAAGCGGCCGGUGCUCACCUGGAAGAUGUUUCUGGCUCGAAGACGGCCUGCUAUGUUGGAAACUUUACCUGGGACAUCGGUCAGAUGCAGGCCCGAGAUAUCAAUCAUGGUGCCCCAUACCAUAUGACGGGCGGUGGGUUGACGAUAUUAAGCAAUCGAAUCAAUUAUGUGUUCAAUCUAAAAGGCCCCAGUAUGACCAUCGAUACGGCUUGCUCUAGCACCAUGUAUGCGCUCCAUCUGGCCUGCCGCAGUUUGCAGGCUGGGGACUGCUCGGCCGCCGUGGUGGCCGGCACAAAUCUGAUUUUUGGCAUUGAGCAACAGAUUGGCAGCGUCCGCCUGGGUGUUCUGUCACCUACAUCCGUGUGCCAUACAUUUGACGAGUCGGCCGACGGAUACGCGCGUGCAGAAGCCGUGGGCUCUCUGUACCUUAAGACCUUGUCCCAGGCCAUCGCAGACGGAGAUCCCAUCCGGGCAGUCAUUCGGGGAACAGCGAUUAACGCAAAUGGGAGGAGCCCUGGAAUCAGUCAUCCCAGUGCACAGGAGCAAGAGAUGGUAAUCAGACAGGCCUAUGCCAGGGCAGGCCUGCGAUUGGACCAGACUGGAUACUUUGAAUGUCACGGGACUGGCACGCCAGUUGGAGAUCCGCUGGAGGUCUCAGCCAUAGGGAAUGUUUUCGGUCCCGUGCGAAGCGCAGAGUCCCCCUUGCUGAUAGGAUCCGUGAAAACAAAUCUGGGGCACGGAGAGGCAGCUAGUGCUAUCUCCAGUUUGAUCAAGACCGUCCUUUGUUUGGAGAAGGGGGAGAUUCCCGCCACAAUUGGGAUCAGGCGGCUGAAUCCUGCCCUCAACCUUCGUGAUGGACGGCUGAAAAUUGUUCAGACACUUUCCCCGUGGCCGGACUCGCAACAGUACCGUCGAGCCAGUGUCAACUCCUUUGGCUAUGGCGGUGCCAACGCCCACGCUAUUCUGGAUGCAGUGCAGUCAUAUUUGGGUGAAUUCUGUCAGAGUAUUCCGGCAUCUCUCACAACUCCUGGACAGCCUUCGCUGAAGCGAUACUUCUUUUUGCCCUUUUCGGCCCACAGCGAGCCGACGCUGCGUCAAAAUAUCAAGGCCAUCUCCCACAGCUUCAAGGGUGAUGUCAAUCUGCCCGAUUUGGCAUAUACUUUGGCGUCUUGCCGGAGCAACCACUCUGAACGAGCGUUCGCCCUUAUUCCUGGUGAUUCGAGCUGUUCCCAGCUUGUCGAUUCCCUCGCCUCGGAUAAGCUGACUUUCGGCACUGCCAUGGGUGCCGUUCCUAAGCUGGCUUUUAUAUUCACCGGCCAAGGCGCUCAGUGGCCACAGAUGGGUCAUGAGUUGGUACAGCAUUAUGCUGUGGUCCGCCAAACUCUACGGGAUCUGGGAAACGUCAUUGCAAAGUUGCCUAACCCUCCAGAAUGGGAUCUCCUAGAGGCUCUCGACCAGCCAAAAUCGAAGAGUCGUGUCAAUGAAGCAGAGCUCUCACAACCUCUAACCACUGCGAUUCAGAUCGCUAUCGUUGACCUCUUGCGGUCAUGGGGAGUGCAUCCGACGGCCGUCGUCGGUCAUUCUUCCGGGGAAAUUGCUGCUGCUUACAGUGCCGGGCUCAUAUCAGCAGCGGAGGCCAUUAUCAUUGCCUACCAACGAGGUGCAGCGACAGUGAAGAGCACUCAGCGCGGCGCCAUGCUGGCGGUCGGUAUUGGAUCAGAGGAGGCUCUUCAGGCCAUCCAUGAUAUUCCCGAUAUCGGGAUUGCUUGUUAUAAUGCACCCGAUAGUGUCACGCUAAGUGGUACCGAGGAGGCUGUUGAUAUGGCCCGCGGUCGCUUCUCACGCGCGGGCGUUUUCAACCGGAAGCUGAUUACCUCUGGAAACGCCUACCACUCUAAGCUGAUGGCCGAGGCUGGGCAGUACUAUGAAGCGUCACUGAAGGAGUGCCUUCUCCCUAACGACCCGCCGUCGACCGGCCAUGCAGAUGUCACCAUGUUUUCCUCGGUGACCGAGGAGCCCGUCUCGACACUCGCCCUGGAAUACUGGCGUCAAAACCUAGAAUCCCCAGUGCACUUCGACCAAGCGGCCCAGAAGCUCCUCAAGGCCCGGCCUGAAGUCAAUCUGGUUGUCGAAAUUGGCCCGCACUCGGCUUUGGCUGCACCACUCAAGGCAAUCCGCGCGGCAGUGGGCUAUAGUCCAGAGCGACUGGUCUAUCUGUCGGCUCUGAAGCGCAAUUCGGACUCGGUGGAAUCCCUGUUGAAGAUGGUCGGAUCUUUGUUUCUGUCGGGGCUUCCAUUCGCCCUCUCCACCGUCAACGCCGACGCGACCGUCCAUCGUGACGACAAGACCGGCUCGGAAAUCAUCGAAUACUCACAUGGUUCUUUCAUUCGAGAUCUGCCUACAUACCAAUGGGUAUACGAUGAGGAGCCUUUGUGGAAUGAAAGUCGUCUCAGCACUGACAUCCGUUUCCGAAGCUACCCUCAUCAUGAUCUACUAGGAAGUAGACUUCCGGGAACAUCCAAUAUUGCACCCGCUUGGCGAAACCUGAUCAGUUUGGAAAGCGUGCCAUGGCUGCGGGACCACAGGGUUGGCGAUGACAUUGUGUUUCCAGCCGCUGGAUAUGUCACAUUGGCUAUUGAGGCGAUCACUCAAAUCCGUAGAUCUACUAUCUCGGCCGUAACAGAUGCAUACACCCUACGUAGGGUGAAGAUCACCUCUGCGAUGGUACUGAAAGAAGGGUUAGCUACUGAACUGAUGUUUGAUCUUCGGGCUAUCUCUGGCCAGCCAGCGGCAUAUGAGUUCGCCGUCAGUACUUUCGUGAAUGGAACGUGGACACAACAUGCCACUGGAUCAGUCCAAGUGGAUAAUGACAGCGCCAGUGAUCAAUCAAUCAGUUCCGUCGAGAAUAUGGCCGGCAGUCGCGGAGGCAUCAACAAGGACAGUUAUGACCGUCGCUGGUACGGCGCAAUGGACAAAGUUGGCCUGAUCUACGGACCAGGGUUCAAGACACUUUCCGAUAUUCGUGCCAGUCCCGAGCAUCACUGGGCCGCUGCAGAGGUUUCAGGCAAUGCCACCGACAAGCUCAUGGGCCGGCAGUCACAAUACAUCCUUCAUCCCACCAGUAUUGACGCCUGCUUGCAGCUUUCCAUUAUUGCCGCACAUCAUGGCAAGCCGGAGAGCCUUAAAAAGGUGUAUCUGCCUGUUCUAAUCCCAAAGCUCACAAUUUGGCCACACCAUAGCAGCCAGGGGCUUCCCUUGACAGCUUGUGGUCGCGGGCUCCACCGCGGGCUUCGAUCGGUUCAGACCUUCACUGGGCUCUCAAAUCCCAAUCACCAGACUAUACUUCAAGCAGAAAUCACCUUCUCCUCCCUAGAAACUGCUGUUGGCGAAGAUGGCACAGGAAAGAGCCCUCAGCCUUAUACACGCCUCGUCUGGAAGCCGGACCUUGAUCGCAUGACAAAUACACAAGCACAGCUUCUGUUCCACGGAACACAAGAUGACAUUUCUACAUCGAAGCACUUCUUCUCUCAGUUAGAGGAAGUGACUAGGUUGGCAAUUCGGAGUAGUGCGGAGCGACUCCCGGAGAACCUACAGGCAGAUCGUCUGCCAGGCCACAUGCAGAAAUUUCUGGAAUGGCUGAAGAUGGAGGGAUUGGCGCUCUCCACCAAUGAAGCUGCAGAUGGCUUAAGAGGCGAGAGUCUCCUUGAUAAAAUUGACGCCAUUGCUCGAAGCGUUGAGCAGACUGUCCCCGAAGCUGCCAUGGUGGCUCAACUAAACUCCCGGAUGCCGGAAAUCCUGGCCGGGACUGUCGGUGCGCUAGACGUAAUGGUUGAAGACAAUCUUAUGUCGCGAAUCUACGAAGAGGGUUUUGGGCAAACAGGUGCCUAUGCCAAAUUGAGCGAUGUCAUCGACCUCGUGGCACAUAAAGAUCCCCGACUGCGUAUCCUCGAACUGGGAGCAGGUACCGGCGGUGCUACAAAGCCCAUGUUGAAAGCCCUGCAUGGAGACACCCCUCUCCCCAAAUAUGAGAAGUAUGAUUUUACCGACGUGUCCAAGGCUUUCUUGGGUGUUGCCCAGGAUAAGUUCCAGGGAUAUCGCAAUUUAGACUUUGGUAUCCUCGACAUUGAGAAGGAUCCCGUCUCUCAGGGUUUCGAGGAACAGUCGUAUGAUAUUGUCUUUGCAUCAAAUGUUAUCCAUGCGACGCGCAAUGUCGCCUCCUCUCUGCGCAAUUGCAAGAGGCUUCUCAAACCUGACGGCAAGCUCUUGAUCAUCGAGACUACGAAGCAACGACAGGUGACCGGAUUUAUGCUCGGAACCCUCCCCGGAUACUGGCUCGGUGCGAAUGACGGGAGACCAUCUAGCCCGUUCCUGUCGAAGACGCUAUGGCACCAGAGAUUGCUUGAUGCAGGACUCUCGGGGGCCGAUAUCGUGCUGGAUGAUUACCCGGAGCCAGCCGAUUGUACGACUCUUAUUAUGUCGCGCAACUCCAGCGAGGCCGCCAAUCACGCCAGUAUGAAUGGCGCCAAUCAUACCAAUGGUGCCAACAGCAUCAACAAUAUAAGCGAAAUUAAUGGUGUCAAUGGUGUUAACCAAUUGAAUGGAGCAAAAUCUCUGAAGCCAUCAACGGUCACUUUGAUAUAUCGCCGGGAGCCGCAGCCCCUCCAGCGGGCUCUCGAGGCGAAAUAUGCACAGCUAGGCAUCUCAACCCAGUCGAUGGCACUGGAAGACAUUCCGAAUUCCCUUGAACGAGACUCUCGCACGAUCAUGCUGGCCGAACUGGAGGACCCACUGAUGGCGCGGAUGACUCCAGCUGAGAUGCACGCCGUCCAAUGCUACACUCAACAGGCUGCCACCGCCAUCUGGGUCACCAACGGGAAUGUUCUCCGAGGCCAGGAUCCUGAAAAAUCACUGGUCUUUGGCCUAGCCAAGUCUAUUAUGACUGAACAGCCUUCGUUCCAUCUCUGCAGCGUGGACGUUGACAUCGGUGAUGGGAAGGCUGACUGCGGCAACAGUACCACGCUCCUUGUGGAGACAGAGAUGGCCUUCCACCACGACCCCAAUGGCGAGCUUGAUACGGAGCUGGUCGAGAAAGAUGGCCUGGUCUAUAUUAGUCGGUAUGUGACUGACGAUACUGAGAAUGCUAACUUUGAGCGGUACUUCGCCGUCAAGCCGACUGUGAUGGCCCUUGCCCGAGGCGAGAGCUCCUACUACUCGCUUCAAUUUGAAAAUGUCGGUCGUGUAGACAGCUUCUAUUUCAAGGAACAGACUCUAAAGCCACUGGGUGAGAAUGAGGUCCUCCUAGACGUGGAUGCUGCUCCUUUGGAUAGUCUGUCAAUUGCCGCUCUCAAAGGACAGAUAGCUUCCCCUUGCUUUGGUCUGGAAAUUGUGGGCACCGUUCGUGCGGUCGGUUCCAAGACAUCUAAGUUGAAGGAAGGAAACCGGGUAUGUUGCCUCUAUCCGCACCACUUUGAUACGGCUGUCAUCGUGGAUGAGCGUCAUUGCGAAUUGCUCUUGGCCGAUGAACGCCCCGAAGACCUGAUCAGUCAGAUACACCCCGUUGUCACAUCUCUACACCUCGUUGAGCUGCUGUUGGGGUUACAUGCCGGGGACCAAAUUUUGGUCGACUGUCGUCAAGCGCAUCUCGCCUGUGUUAUCUCUCAAGUAGCUCUCUUGGAGGGUUCCAGAGUCUACGUUACUUUUGACUCCGAGGCUGGACGAGAUAUUCUCCAGCAACUUGGUAACGACUCGCAUCUAGUAGACCGUCAGGCCAAUUUCAAACAAGCCUUGCUGGGCACUUCGUUUGACGCCAUCCUGACAGACUCGACGGAUGGCUAUCAACUGUUUGACAAUAUUAUUAACUCUGGUGGUCGGAUUGUCGCUCUGGCAAAUGCUGCUCCCGUUGAGAUGGUCAAUGCUGCAGUAUCAUUCCUCAACAAGAGCGUCACCAUCGGAAUGUUUGAUCCUUUCAAUGGAUUUGCAACAGCUCCAGUCCAGCACUCCAGCCUCCUCGCAAAGGCAUUAAAGCUUCUCCGUCGCAAUGUUAUCCGGCCAAUUCCAUCUACGCAGUAUGAUCUGUCAUAUUUGCCCGAGGCUGUCGGCCAUAUCUCCCAGGAUGACUACGUCGGACGGGUGGUGUUAACACGGACACCAAACACUGCUGUCCCCAUCCAUACUGUUGCAGAGCCGUUGAUGUUCAAUUCCAAGGCGUCGUAUCUCCUGAUAGGCUGCCUAGGAGGGCUGGGAAGAAGCUUAACGACAUGGAUGGUCUCUCGUGGGGCCCGUCAUUUUAUCUUCCUCUCCCGCAGUGGUGCAGACAAAUCUGAAGCAGCUGCUUUAGUGAAGGAGUUGCACGAACUCAGUCGGUCCCAAUAUCUAGACUUGACCGUGCAGGUGGUUCGUGGUGAUGUCUCUAUUCGAGACGAUGUGAGCCGGGCCAUUUCCUGUGCCACCAAGCCUAUUAAGGGAGUGGUUCAAGCUGCCAUGGUACUCAAGGACACCCUUUUUACAGAAAUGUCGCUGGCUCAGUUCAACCAGGUCUUACAUCCCAAGAUGCUGGGUACCAUACACUUGCACGAGUUACUUCAAGGACACGAUCUCGACUUCUUUGUCAUGACGAGUUCCGUUCUUGGUGCCAUUGGUGCUGCCAUGCAAAGCAAUUAUUCGGCCGCCAAUGCGUACCUUGACCACAUGGCUCGUCAUCGCCAAAGCCUGGGCCUACAGGCUACAUCCAUUGCGCUGGGAAUGAUUCUCAACGUCGGCCAUGUGGAAGAGCAUCCCGAAGUAGAGAAGGCACUCAAACGCAAUGGAAUGUACGGGAUCAGUGUCGACGAGUAUCUGCUCAUGAUGGAAUUCGCCUGUCGCCGUCGGGACUUGAGCAGCACCACGAACUCUCACGGUCCGUACAAAUAUGAUCCUUGCGCUACUGCUCACAUCGUUACCGGCAUGGACCCUACCCGUGUCUCUCGCGCUGGUGGGAAAUCUCUCUGGCUGAAAGAUAACCGGCUGCGCAAUCUCGUCGCUGCGCUCGGUGGCGGGAAUCAUGGUGAUGGAUUCAACGCCGAGCAGUCGGCUGGGCCCAGCACGCACGAGCUCCUUGAAGCAGCGCGGGCGGAAGGGGGGGUUGCGGCCGUCAAGGUCACGACCCUGGGGUUAAUCCUAGCAAGAUUCUCCAAAUUAGUGUUGCUGCCGGUGCACAAGAUCGACCCGGGCAAAGCUCUGGCCCAUUACGGGAUGGACAGCAUGAUCUCAGCCGAGCUGAAGAGCUGGGCAUGGAAGGAGUUUACGGUUGAUCUGCCAUUUUUAGGUCUGUUGGACCAGAGUCUGACAUUUGAUGGCUUGGCUGAGACAGUAGUUGCGUUGACUGAGACCAAGUCUACGUGA